GGUUAAGGUGGUACUAUUAUGGGAGGUUGACAGGAUGUGCGCGGCUGGAUUGCGAGAACGUGUGUACUUAUCCGCAGCAAGUCUUCUGAGAGAGACGAGGCUGAACUAAGCAAAAAUGGUUGAUGAAGAAACAAAGGUCAUCUCUAUUGAGCUGAGGGAGAAAGAAGGCUUGGAGAACAAUGGGUUUGUUCAAAGUGAGGACACGGAAGACAAGAAUGCUAGCCAAGAAAAAUUGCCAGACCCAUGCCUGCUUGGCGUUGAACCAGGAGCAGCGCAAGAAUCAUCUGUGGAGCCGUAUGCUGGCAUGCCCAAAGAAGUCCUCCUUCAGUUUUCGACUCAGGCACGCUACAGAAUCACCAGAGAGAUCCUUUUUUGGUUGAUCAUUGCAUCCUCACUGGUCCUUGUCGCAGCUACAGUUGCCAUCAUUGCCAUGUCCCCAAAGUGCCUUGGUUGGUGGCAAGCCAGCCCUAUUUACCAGAUCUACCCUCGGUCAUAUAAGGACACAGACAAGGAUGGUAAUGGAGACCUGAAAGGAAUCCAAGAAAAACUGGAUCACAUCCAAUAUCUGAAUGUUAAAACAAUUUGGAUUACAUCUUUUUACAAAUCCACUCUAAACGAUACUGGGUACGGAAUAGAAGAUUUUCAAGACAUAGACCCUAUAUUUGGAACUAUGAAGGAUUUUGAAAACCUGGUUGCAGCAAUCCAUGAUAAAGGUUUAAAAGUGAUAAUGGAUCUAAUACCCAACCAUACCAGUGAGAAGCACAAGUGGUUUCAACUAAGCCGCAAUCGGACCGGAAAGUACACAGAUUAUUACAUCUGGCAUGACUGUGCACACAUCAGUGGGAGAACCACACCACCUAAUAACUGGGUGAGUGUAUUUGGGAAUUCCAGUUGGCAGUAUGACAACGUACGAAAACAAUGUUAUUUUCAUCAGUUUGGAAAAGAACAGCCUGAUCUCAAUUUUCGGAACCCAGAUGUUCAAGAAGAAAUUCAUGAUGUGAUCAGGUUUUGGCUUAGCAAGGGCAUUGAUGGAUUCAGUAUUAAGGAUGUUAAAUUCCUUCUGGAAGCAACACAUCUGCGAGAUGAACCUCAAGUGAAUAAAUCUCAAAAUCCGGACAGCAUUUCAGCCUAUUUUGAACUGUAUCACGACUAUACCACCACCCAGGUCGGCAUGCAUGAUAUAGUCCGCAGUUUUAGGCACACCAUGGAUAAGUUUAGCAGUGAGCCUGGUAGAUACAGAUUUAUGGGCACAGAAGCCAAUAACCAAGAGAGUAUUGAAGCAACAAUGAUGUAUUAUGGGACACCUUUUAUUCAAGAAGCCGAUUUUCCUUUUAACAACUUCUUCAUGAACAUAAAAGAAGUCUCUGGAAGUAGUAUUUUUGAAAUGGUAGAUCUGUGGAUGAAGAAUAUGCCAGAAGGGAAAUGGCCAAAUUGGGGGGUUGGAGAUCCUAACAGUGCUCGCAUCUCCUCUCGGAUUGGAAAGGAAUACAUAAAUGUCAUAAACAUGCUUCUUUUAACCCUUCCUGGAACACCUACUACAUAUUAUGGUGAAGAAAUAGGAAUGGAAGAUACCCCAUCACAAACUACAAUCUUUCCAGAAAAGUCACCCAUGCAAUGGGAUAGCAGUUUUCAUGCUGGCUUUACUGAGGGCAACUCAAGCUGGACCUCUGUAAACUCUGACUAUCCAAAUGUAAAUGUGAAGGUUCAAAUGACAACAGAGAACUCUACACUCAAUAUAUAUCAAAGGCUCAGUUCCCUUCGUGCCGAUGAGCUUCCCAUUCAAAGAGGAUGGAUGUGCUAUAUUUGGAAUGACAGCAAUGUCUUUGUGUACGUGAGAGAACUGGAUGGCUUAGAUCAAGUGUUUAUGAUGGUCUUGAAUUUUGGAACGGAAACCACAACUGAUCUGCAGAUUUUGGAUCUUGAUUUUCCUUCAGAAGCUAUUAUAAAGCUAAGCACCAAUGUUAGCAAUAAUGAGAAAGUUGUAAAUACCAGAACAAUCAAAACUGGAAAGGGUGAAGGAUUAAUCUUGGAAUACAGGACAAGCAAGCCAGUUCACAAUAAGGAAACUUCCAAGGAGAAGUGUUUUGUUGCAGAAAAGGCAUGUUAUUCUAGUGUCUUCAAUUUACUGUACACCUACUGCUAAGUGUUAGUGUCAGUUAAUGCCAAUUCCAUACCUUGACAAGUUGGAUGUAUGUCCUGUGCAAUAAAAAGGCUACCUGCCUUUCUGACUUAAAUAGCUUGAUCUGACUUAAAUAGCUUGAUCUCAUUUUCAUAUACCUCAUACAUUGGCUCAAUUAAGAUGUAACUCCAAACAAUGAUUUGGGGCUAAAUGAAUAAUCCUUGUGGAUCCUCAGAAUUGCGCAUUCCUCCCUUCCCUUGCUCACUGCAAUCUAAUUAGUUGUUCAUCUUCUGGCUUCUGUGCAGGCACAUAUUAGGACUGCACAUGCAUAGGCAGUCUGUCCAAAAAGGAUUAUAUAGUUUUAAGAGACUUUGAGGGGGUGCCCCUCCCCCUUGGAAUGCAUGCACUCCUGUUUCCCACCUAAAUAGUCAUGUACUCCAAGGAGGCACUGCCCCCUUUCCCCUCAGUUUGUUCUUUGCUGCUGUCAGGAAAGAAUUGUUCUUGUAUAUGUCAUUCUUCAAUCUCUGAGGUGAUUUUUUCUCUCUGCCUCUGGCAGUGUUUUUCUCUUCAUGGAGAAUACUUCCUUACAUUUCAAAGUGGCCGACAAAGCUCUUUUAAAGAAAUGCACGUAGUGUGGAGCUCAAAUGAUGAAAACUGACGGCCAUUCCCUCUGCUUUUUAUGCCUAGGCAAGGGCUACAAUGUCAGAGACUGUAAGCACUGUUGGGUGUUUACUCCCAAGGCAAGAGGGGACUUAACGGUAUGCUUAGGGACAGAGCAUUUACCAGGCCACCAGCCUGGCAGCAAAGACAUCUGCCUCAGCAGAGCAUCCACGUCGCCCAGAUCGGACUCAUCAGAUCUGAUGCAGGUGAGGUCAGAUCUGCGUGGACAUGCCAACUGCAGUAGGAGUCCUCACAUCUGAGAUCAGAUCAGAGCUGUAGCUGUUCCUACUGUAGGGACCCCUUGGAAUUGUUGGCUCAUACUUCAUCUUCAACUCCAGGAGCCAUUGGCGCCAGGUUGGAUCUGCACCCUGGACACUCUCAAUCAUUGUUGCUCCAUACUGAAGCACUUCCAAGCCACGUACUCAAAAGGCAAAGACUAAGCAUCGACAAAAGCACAAGCUCACUACAGUGGCUGGAAGUUCAAGACCCUCAGAUCCAGAGGUGCUGAUGAUCCUGAAGUAGUGGAGAUCCCCAAGGCUCAACCAAUCCAGUCUUGAUUGCCCUCCCUUUUGCCAUCUGAUGACUAAGAGGGACAUCACACAAGACAGCCGACAUGUUUUCUUCAUGUGUUGGUUUCCUGCAAGUUUCCUUGGUAAGUGUAGUGAGAAAGAAUGGCCACUCAAUGCAAUUCUCCACCAAGGAGAAGAGGAAGAGAAUCCCUCGUGCCGCUCAAGGACCAUACUGGGGAGGGCACCCCAGAAAGCCAGCAGCCAGUGCCCCACAUGCCUACCUUGCCAUGCAGUGGUGGUGCCCAGCACUCCCUCCUCCCGCAGUCAGGAGUGCUUAGCUCCUGCUCGGGGAUCGAGCAAAUGCUGUGCACACUCCACUGCUUCCCUAGGAUCAAGGGCUGGAGCAUAGUCCGCUCAGUUCCCUCUGGCCGCCACUGGUGUGCUCCCCGAAAUGCACUCCGCACUUUCUCAAGGUGCAUGUUAGGAAGGUGUUCCUUACACCUAGUUUACAAUUUCUUUCUAAGAUUGUGUCCAAAUUCCAUCUGCUACAGGAUAUAGUUCUGCCUGUUUUCUUCCCCACUCCUGCGUCCACUGCAGAAAAGUCACUUCAUACUUUAGACAUUAGAAGGGCUUUAUGGUUUUGUUUUCGAUCAUACAAGAACUUUCUAUAAAGAUGUUCAACUGUUCAUUUGUUAUUCUGGCCCUAAUAAAGGUAAAGCAGCCUCUAAGCAAACUAUUUCAUGGUGGAUUGAGAAUGCCAUUAAACUGUAUUAUCAAUUAGUCCAUGCUUGCAGUGGGCCAAGCUGUUUCAUUAAGAGUAUCACCCUGCCUCCUUUGAUGAGUAGCUUGCUAAACUCCCAAUGUGGGACUGCACAAACAAUUGAAGAUGAAAACAGGCUUCCUGUUACCUGUAACUGAUGUUCAUCGAGCUCUUCUGUACAGACACAUGCCUCCUCCCUCCUGGCCUGCUGUGAGCUCUCCCUGAAUAACUUCAGGCCAGGAGUUGCUAGUGGCAACUCAGGAGUAUUGAGGGGAAAGGGGGCGCUGCCUCUGCAGAACCUGCGACUGUCAUAGGCGGGAAACAGUAGCUCAUGCAUUCCGAGGGGUAGUGGUGCCCCCUCAAAGUCUCUUAAAGCUAUAUAAUUCUUUCUAGCUGGCCAGCCUUCACAUGUGCAGUCCCAAUGUAUGCCUUCACAGAAGACCUUGAUGAACAACAGUUAUAGGUAAGUGCUCAACGUGACCGACCUAGCCACCUGGAUCCAUGCUAUGGUAACAAUAAGACUUGACUAUUGUAAUGCACUAUACAUAGGUCUCCCAUCUAACUAGGAGACUCCAAUUGGUGCAAAAUGCAGCAACUUGACUGUUAUCAGAAGCGAGCAGGAGCAUGAACAUCACUCCCAUCCCGCAGUCACUCCAUUGGCUACCUAUCAGUUACCAUGAUCAGUUCAAGAUAUUAAUUAUCUCUUACAAAGUUCUUCAUGGCUUUGGUCCGGCAUACUUACGGGAUUGCCUCCCUCCUUAUGCUCCUCCAUGGCAGCUUCGCUCUUCCAAACAGGGUCUCCUGCAGGAGCUACCUUGCGCAUUGACAAAAUCGACAGCAGCCUGUAUAUGGGCUUUCUCUAUGGUGGCCCUCAGGCUGUGGAAUGGCCUGCAUGAGGAGGUCAGGAGAGCCCCCACUGUCCUGGCUUUCCGCAAACAAUGCAAAACCAAAUUAUUCAAAAAGGCUUUUUACUCAGAUAGGAGGGCUGUAUUGUAGGGAGGGGAUCUCAGAUGAUCACCGAAUGAGUUAGGAACCAUAGACCUCACCACUAUGUUGUAUUGGAUUCCUACUAAUGCUAUGUUUUUGUGAACUUCUGUCUGUACUCUCACCCUAUGUAAUCCGCCUCAGUGUAAUCCGUCUCAGUGUAAUCCGUCUCAGUGAGAAAGGCGGACUAUAAAUGACAUAAAUAAAUAAAUAAAAACCUUGUUUUUCUUC